CCCUACGUCCGCUUCCGGUUUUCCCCUCACUACUGUUUUGACCGUCUCUAUCCGGUAAUCAAGUUGAUAGCGAAUAUGGACCGACUGCCUGCCAGACAACCGUGGAAUGACCGCUUCCCUUCCCCGCCCUCGUGUUGGACUCGUUCCCCUUACGGAGGCCCCGGGCAUCGAGGGGGUUCUUCCCGCGGCUACCCAACCUACUCACCCACCUCUCCCAUGUGUUCCCCGGUCGGGUUUAACCGUGGACACUGGGGGAGCCCUCAAACAGGGUCCGGCGGGAGAGGACGGAGCUUUGGGGGGUCUCCGGCGAGGUUCGGCAGCGGAGAGAGGGCGCAUAGAAGAGGACACCGCUUUGAGAGGCCUCUGAACUUCAGUCCAUCGUCUUCCAAGGACCAGGAUCAGUCUUUUGACUCGAUAGAGAAGUACUUCAGUCCGUCCAUGUUGGAGGAUCCCUGGGCAGUGCUGCAACCAACAGAGCCACAGACAUCGACCAGCAACAAUCAGUAAACAGUAAAAAUAACAGGAAAUAGCUGUUGGGUUUCUGAUUAACUCAGGAGGCAAUUUCUUUGAUUGGAGGGUUUUAUGUUAUUCAUAGAUUAAUGUACACGUUUAUGCACUGUAUUUCAGGAUUGUUUGAGGGAGCAAAGUCUUAUUUGUGGGAAUUCAAUGCCUACAGGAAGUACUUAGUCUGUUCAUGAUCAAUCCAGGAAUCAGUUAAUGAGAUGUUUGUACAACUUUGUACAGAAAUACCCAUGUUUAUGUAUAGAUUUAUACAUUGUUUAAAUGUCUUACUUGACAGGAAGUAAGUAGCUGAUCUAAUCCUGACCAAUACAAGAAUUUCCUGCUAUUGGAUGCUUGUAUUAUGUUUUGUAUUAUGAAUAUGAUACAAAUGUUUUUUUUAUAUACAUUCUUACUUUGUGUUUU